AAUGGGUUGGGGUCAGGACCAUGGCGUCAUGUCUCUUUCCCACAACUUGCAGUGAUCCAGCGGAAAGAAGAGGAAGAUGGUAAUUAAUGAGGAUAAGCAAGGGCAUUUUGGGAACAAAAAAUUUCCGCUGUAUAUAUUGAUCAAUCCUUCGAGUUCACAAAUCUCUUUUUCUCUCUCUUCGAAAUUCUCUUUGCGCUCUCAAAUCUUAUUUUUUGCUUUUAAGAGCUAACCUUUUCCUUUGCAGACUUUUUCCAAACCCUAACCCUAGAAUCCCCCCCAAUUUUCUCCCUCUUUUGAUUAAUUUCUCAGAAAAAUGGGAGAAACAAGGGAUAACGAUGCUUAUGAGGAAGAGCUUCUCGACUACGAGGAAGAAGAAGAGAAAGCCCCUGACUCUGUCACUGCUAAAGUCAAUGGCGAGGCAGCGAAGAAGGGCUAUGUUGGGAUUCACAGUUCAGGAUUCAGAGACUUCCUUUUGAAGCCAGAGCUUCUUCGGGCCAUUGUCGACUCUGGAUUUGAGCACCCUUCCGAAGUGCAACAUGAAUGCAUUCCCCAAGCUAUACUGGGUAUGGAUGUCAUUUGUCAAGCUAAAUCAGGGAUGGGGAAGACUGCAGUUUUUGUUCUAUCAUCAUUACAGCAGAUUGAACCGAGUCCAGGACAAGUUAUUGCCCUUGUUUUAUGCCAUACGAGGGAGUUAGCUUACCAGAUUUGUCAUGAGUUCGAGAGGUUCAGUACUUACCUGCCUGAUAUCAAGGUUGCUGUCUUCUACGGUGGUGUCAACAUCAAAGUUCACAAAGAUCUACUGAAAAAUGAAUGCCCCCACAUUGUUGUUGGGACACCUGGAAGGAUAUUGGCUCUUGCAAGAGAUAAAGACCUUUCUUUGAAGAAUGUGAGGCAUUUCAUUCUUGACGAAUGUGACAAGAUGCUUGAAUCACUUGACAUGAGGAGAGAUGUCCAGGAGAUUUUCAAGAUGACACCUCAUGAUAAGCAAGUUAUGAUGUUUUCUGCUACACUCAGCAAAGAAAUUCGUCCAGUUUGCAAGAAAUUUAUGCAAGAUCCAAUGGAAAUUUAUGUUGAUGAUGAGGCCAAGUUGACCCUUCAUGGUCUUGUGCAGCACUACAUCAAAUUGAGUGAGCUGGAGAAAAACCGCAAGUUGAAUGACCUCCUUGAUGCAUUGGAUUUCAACCAAGUUGUUAUCUUUGUCAAAAGUGUGAACCGAGCAGCUGAGUUGAACAAGUUACUUGUGGAAUGUAAUUUUCCCUCUAUAUGCAUUCACUCAGGAAUGUCCCAGGAAGAAAGGUUGACUCGCUACAAGGGUUUCAAGGAGGGGCAUAAAAGAAUUCUUGUGGCCACAGAUUUGGUUGGAAGGGGAAUCGACAUUGAGCGCGUUAACAUUGUCAUCAACUAUGACAUGCCAGAUUCUGCUGAUACAUACCUGCACAGGGUUGGUAGAGCUGGUAGGUUUGGUACCAAGGGUCUUGCAAUUACAUUUGUUUCAUCUGCUUCAGAUUCUGAUGUGCUCAAUCAGGUCCAGGAGAGGUUUGAGGUGGAUAUAAAGGAGCUUCCUGAGCAGAUUGAUACAUCUACGUACAUGCCAUCAUAAUGAAGCAGAGUCUCGUGCCCAAAUCAAGAAUCAAAUUUGUAUGGUUGCUGGAGGCCAUGUGUAUUUGUUCUUAUAACUAAUGUGGAAUGUGCUUAAAAUGAUUUGCUUGGCAGGAGCAGCAGAUGCUCUACUUUUCGACUGCUGCUUAAGAAAGAACUCAAUUGGGAUUUAGCUAUCUGUAGGGAUAUUUUCCCCUUGUAGGAAGGUUUUUGCGCUCUUCUAUGACUAGCAAGUUGCAUGCUACUAUAUUAUUAUCUGUUAUAAUUUGGAGCAUAACCUCUUUAAGUCUGAUUUUUGGAUAAUAAUAUUUGAGUUGCAAUUUUCUCUUUAA